UCUAAGUUCAGUUUGUAUUUCAGCAACAGACUGUAAGGCUGCAGACAUGACUUGCAUGUUGAAGAAAUUUUACCACAUAGCUGCCUUCUGCUGGUAUGUCUUUGUCAUUCAGUCUGUUUAUGCGAAACGAGAUUCAGAUAUACCACCUGGGAUGUUUGUGUAUGGCGGACCCUGGAAAUACCUCACAUUUUUAAACCUGAUCUUACAGAUGAUGUUUUUUGGACUGGCAUCUGUGAAUGACCUUCAGCCUGUUGGGAAAGGCUCCAAAAUGUCACUCCUCUGCUUCUGCAAGGACUUGCUCUUUUCUGUCUUUGCAUUUCCAGUGGGGAUGUUUGUAGUUCUGCUGUUUUGGGUGAUCUUUGCUUAUGAUCGACAACUGGUCUAUCCAGCUUCGAUGGACAGCCUCUUCGCUCCAUGGAUGAAUCAUGCUAUGCACACUCUAGUUCUCCCAAUCGUGUUUGGUGAGAUCCUGCUGGAGCCACAUAUCUAUCCCAAAACGAAGAACGGUUUGGCAGCUUUGGGGUUUGUCGGUCUCGCUUACUUAGGAUGGGUGGUUUGGGUGUAUCUGACGGUGGGAAUCUGGGUCUACCCUAUACUGGGGCUGUUCAGCAGCUCGGGAUUGACCGUCUUCUUCUUCUUCAACGUGCUUGUGCUGGCUCUGCUCUACUUGCUCGGACAAACUUUGAACCGUAAGGUUUGGGGGAAAAAACAUCCAACAUUUACAAGAACGUGAUGACACACGAUUGCUGUAAAAUGUUUCGGUGAACUGUUAAGAAUUAUUUCCAAGUGGCGUCAAUACGGACAUCUGAUGCUGUUCAUUUGUAAUAAGCACACUUGCAUUAUCAUAGUUUUGUAUAUUUUUUUUUAUCUGCGACUACUUAUGCUAAUGUAAGUUUGAAACUGCGAUAUGUAUCUGAUGUUAUAGAUAUUUACACUAAAGCUAGUGUCCUCUAACAAGUUAAAUCAAAAACUAUUACUAACUACUAAAGUAUGGUUCAUAUCUGUUCACUUAUUUAAUGGCUAUUUAAUUAAUAAGACAUAAUUAAACUUUAUUUUGAGUAUUUGUGCACAAUGCAUAUUUCUUAAUGUUAAGCCUAAAAUAUGCUUUAAUGUCAGUGUUAAUGAGGACUGUAUAUGAUAUUUGAAUACUAUCUGUCUUUAAAUGCAAGAUAUUUAAGACGUGCCUGAAGUAUACUUUCAAUAGCUCCACUUUAGCACAAUCAUAUAUACUUCAGUAUCUUUAGUUGGAGUUCAGCAUUAUUAAGAACAAAAAAAAAUUGUUAGU